AUGGCCGUGAACAUACGGCGGCGAAUGAGUGAAAUUGUGGGCCAAAGGCGGCGGUGGGCCGGUGGCAUUGGCCACAUGCGGUGGCAGCUGAGGUGGGCAUUGGUAGCAUUUAGUGAAAAGCCCAAAUGUGUCGAUUUGGUGGAUAAAAUUGGUCAUGCUGGCCCAUCCACCAAACCCAAACCCAACUAUCAAAACCCAAACAACUACAAAUAUGUUGAUCACAUAAGCCCCAACCCAUCUUCCAAAACGGUGAAGCUGACGAGGAGCGAGCCGACUGUCGAGUUGAUGGGCCCGAAAAACGGGAAGAUUAUCGCUAGGAACCAUAUGGGCACCACGACCGGCAAUCGGGCCGCGGCCCGUUUGCACAUGCUCCGGCACUCGUGCAUACCAAUCGCCUUCUCCCACACAAAAUACAACGGCGUGCAAGCGAAUCCGAACAGAUAUCUCAGGUAA